UUUUGAUCUUUUCAUGGUGGUGUUGGGGACUUGAGGAAGCUUUGCUGCUGCAAUGGGGAAAAGACUGCUGGAGCAUAUAAGAAUCGACAAAUGUACUCGUUAACAAGAUGAGCAACUUUGGAGGAACUCAGCAAGGCUGUGGAAGGACCAGCUGGUUGUGAUGUACAGUUGUGACGCUUAAAGGGUGCAAGUUAAGUUUUGAAAGUUUGGAUGGACAUACAAUGCAUCGCUCUAUUUUAGAAUUGUUUCACCGUAACACUACAAGAUCACAUGAGAAUGCUGAGGGGGAUUGUGCUAAUGGUCAUGAAAUUGAUGAAGAUGACGACAAAGACAAAAGUGGUGACAAUUAUGCCAGUUGUUUUGAUGAUGAACUGAAGGAAGGUUCUAAUUUCGAUUAUGGAACUAUGAAAAGGUGUAAAGGAAGUAACUGUGGGCUCAAAUCGUGGAUUCAAAUGGACCCACGACUCUUUUGUUUUCUAUAUGACGAGCAGCAGAACAAGUGCUAUUGCAAAGUUUGUGUUGAUAAUAGCAUUACUGAUACAGAGUGGACAAGUGGUAGGUCUCCGCCACAAGGUGGGUGGAAAAAAGAUUACUUGCUUCGCCACCUGGCCAGUAGGGAACACCUCCAGGCUCUGUCCGUCCCCAUAAGUGCAGCCAACUGGGAGAAGGCGUUGUUUACUGAAGCUCUGAACAGUGAGACAAAAGACGAUGUUGUUCAUCUGCUCAGAAAUGUUCUGUGGUUAAUCAAGGAACAAUUACCCAUUUCCAAAGCUAAAAGCCUACACAGGUUGAUAGAAAGCCAUGGUGUUUCUUUGGGCAGACGCCACAGAAGUAAAAAUUACAGCUGGCAGUUUGUUGCAGCUCUUAAUGAACCUGUUGAGGCAGAAAAUUUAUUGGCAUUAAAACAAGCAAGGGUUCAUUCUCUGAUUGUAGAUGAAAGUUCAGACAUUGCCACUGAAAAGCAUCUGAUGAUGUACACAAAAUAUCUUGCAAAGACUGAGCUGCAAGUGAAAUUUAUAAAGCUGCUUUAUCUGGAUGGUAAAUCUGAUGCUGGAUCCUUGUACAAAUCUAUAAAGAAGUUCUAUGUUGAGCACCAAAUCUGCCUCCAGUCUAUGGCCAUGAUAACUACAAAUGGUUCAGCUAUUAUGAUGGGAUCGAAAGGAGGUCUCCAUGUCAAGCUCAAGGUAGAUAUUCCAUGGCUUCUUGGACAACACUUUGUGGUUCAUUCAGAGGCUUUGGCCAUUAAGGAUUCAUACAAUGAAAUUGCACUUUUUCAAGAAAUAGAUGGUUGUUUCAAAGCUAUCUAUUCAUAUAUUUCCAGAUCCACAGUUAAGCAUAGCGGUUUGGAAGAAAUCUUCCAUGUCUUGGAGACGAGUACCAUCAAAUUGGCAAAGGCUUGCCACUUCAAAUGGAUAAAUCGGGGCCGGGCAAUCCAAGCAAUUUGCAAAUCCUACCAAACACUCAUAAUAUACUUUUCUGACAUGAGUUAUAAUGAUCAUGACAUCACAGCAGAAAGCAUCCUUAUUAAACUACAACAGCCUCGCAUUCUACUUGCCAUUUUCUUCUUGAGAGAUCUCCUCCACCACUUGGACAAUCUAUCAAUAUUUUUUCAGGAAAGAUUUCUGAACCCAGUUAGAAUACCUGAAAGGGUUCAAUCCACAAUUAGUCUCCUUGAAUGCAAGUACCUUGGAAACAAUAUCUUGUGGGAGAGCAGCUUUCUGUUGGGGAUCCAGUUACUGGAAAGUGGUGCUCUUUCUCGACUGCCAAUGGCAAGAAAACCACAUGGGCCAAUACUUCACAAGACAGCAGCUAAAGCUACUGAUGAGAUUGCUGACUCUGUUAAAACUUUGGUGAGGAAUAUUGUUGACAGUCUGAAGGAGAAGUUUCCUGACAAUGCAAUCAUCAGAGCUUUUCGGAUCCUAGAUCCAGAUAGGAUUCCGUCUGACCCUGAGAAACUGGCUCAGUAUGGAAAUAGCGAAACAGCAGCUCUGCAAAACCAUUUCUCAGAUUUCCUUUCCUGUGAUGGAAAAGAUUUAGUUGCUGAGUGGGAUCAGAUGAAAUAUCUAAUUGCAUCCAGAAAAGGAGAGAGUUUGGUUGAAAUCUGCAUUGACCUAGCACACUCUGAUAUGUGGAGAAAAGAAUAUCCAAACUUCUCAAUCCUAUCAGAGGUUUGUAUGGUGAUGUCAGCAUCAACCACUGAACCUGAUAGGGGAUUUACCUCUGUGAACUUGAUAAAAAAUAAAUACAGGAAUUUGCUUACUUCGGACCAGCUUGAUCAGUUGCUCAGACUGUGUUUGGAGAAGCCGGAAGAUGCACAGGAUUAUUUGGAUGCAGCCUAUGCUGCAUGGCUGCAAGCUGAACAGUGGAGGCUUCUUCUCAAAGAAUGGAGAAGAGGGGAAGAGUCAAAAACUGAAUCUGAUUCAACUGAAUCAGAUCUGGAUCCAUUGUCCGAUUCAGAAUAAGUGAUUGCUGCUCACUGGUGUCUCGGGACAUGCAUGACAAAGGGAGAAAUCAAUUUCUUUGUUAACUUGUGAUUCUCUGUUGGUGCUAUGUUGUUUGUAAUUGUAUUACAAAGAAAUGUACAUUUGCCUUACAUUACAUUACAUUUGCCUUACAUUACAUUACAUUGCCUAAAAUAAAAGGCAUCUCCCAGUAUUCUGUAUACUGUUCCUUUAUUGCCGAUUGAUAAUCCAACACAACAUGCUUCUAUAUCAUAGCAUGUCUAUCAUAUAAUAAAAGAAUUGACAAUUUUUAUACAUGAGUUUAAAUACAGCUAGGUUAUCAUGACUCAAUAACAUUUGGUACAUUUUUAAGAGAACUUUUGACACCUGCUAGUUUCUUAGAGCUUUUAACAGUCAUUGACUGUCCAAAAUUGGACGUAAUAAGUUCAAGGUGAAAUGCUGCUGCUGCUGUACAUGCGAUCAUUGCAGUGAUGCUUGGGUACAGGGUAGGAAGGAAGAUGAUGUUUGCAGAAUUGAAUUCUUAAAUCUCCUUGGGAGCUUGCGUUUUAAUAAUACUUUGAAAUAUUCACAGGUUUCAAAGUCUUAAUCAACUCCUGGGAUCCCAUAAUUGCUAAAAAUUAUAUUGCAAAGUACUGGGAAUGAUGUCACAAAAAUGAAAUUUAAAAGACUUCAUAUUGGAUUAUUCCAUUAAGUGAUAUUUUAAAAUGUGGCAUUAACUUUGAUUUUAAGAAGUAUGAAAGACUUGUAUUUGGUAUUUAUUUUGAUAAGGCAGCUGUAUACUACUUCAGGGAGUUCUAGAGCUCUGCUUCCUGUAUGCAAUGCAGAAAAGUGGAGUUAGGGCUUUUAUCUGAGCUGUCAAUGCCAUUGGCAUCGGCAACAUUUUUUUAAAUGAAACACUUUUUACAAAAUAUUUCACUUUUAUGAAUGUUCAGGUUGUCGUGUGCAUAGAUGAGUAUGAAAAUAACAUCUUCUCUGAUACUUUGUACAGUAUAUAUUUCAAAUCAAAUAGGAAGUAAACAUCCCUCAGCAAACAUUCGAGAAUAGAGCUGGGGCUGUGUUUUAUUGUUGGCAGGUCACUGGGGUGCAUUUACUACCUUCCCUUCAGUGAUAUAAUCUGCUUAUCUUGCACAGCAAGCUAUUCAUUGUUAACCAUUUCAGUGUCUAUGCUAAUUAAGUUUUAUUUAAUUCAUGCUACUUGGCUAACCUGAAACUUCAGUAUUUAGGAUUGUGCAAAUAGUUUACAACCCUUCACUUUUGCCCCAUGGAUUUCCUGUGAAUUUAACACCCUGGUAAUCUUUAUGUAUGUGAAAGCAGUUUAUAUGUGUGGUCUGUAAUUGUUGCAACCCCUGACGUAUUCGGUGCUGAAAAAUUCACCAGAAUGUUGGGUAAGGUAUGUGACCAGGUUAUGUGGUGAAUUGUAAGGGAAUGAGUACCCUUAGCUCCUUUCACUACUUCACGUGAAGGAACUGACUUGUACUGUACCGCACUAUUCCUGGGUCCAUUAAGAGUUGAUUUCUGAAUGUUAAGCAAAAGAUGGUUUGGCUCUUCCAGCCUGUAUUGAAGCUCUGCAGUGCAUAAGGUUUACUUAUUAGAUGACAAAGAAUAUUCUUGCAUGUUCGCACAAGGCAAAACAUUCUGUGCAGCAGUUCACCAAUUAUUUUUUUUAAUCAUUCUCCCUCGACACCAAUAAUUAAGUGUGAAUAGGGAAGCUGGUAGAUAUCCACAAACAUGAUUAUUCCUUUCCAUGCUUUAAAAAAAAAUUCCAUUUACUUUUUUUUUUUUUAGCAAUCACCUUGUGAAAUGGAUGGACUGAUGUUUGUUGUCGGAUAUUCCCAUGGCAUUUAAUUGAGUUCCUUGUAUAUUCUUGAGCUGCUGCUUUGGCUUGCUUAAUAUAAUUGGUGGUGGGUUUGGUAGUAAAUGUGUCCAUUGUAUUUCUGCUUAACUAAGCAAAUUUUAGUUUAUGGCAUAUAUUCAUUGUCACUUUAAAAAAUAUAUACAGAUAGUCUUAACACUAGUUUGCCAAAAAUAUUGUACAAGAUUUCUAUGAAGUGCAUGAUCCAUUUGUAGCAUUUUAACCACUGGCCAUUAAUUCACUCACUGUGCAUUUUAAUAUUAAUCUUAACAACAUGCAUUCCCACUUUAAAUAACUUUUCUCAAGAAGGUGCUAACAUGCUUUUCAAUAAAUAACUAACAUGUUGUUGUGUUUAGGUAAAAAUUGGAAAUGGAUUGACAGUAUACAUUGUGCUGAGCACUGAAAAUGGAUAUAAUUGAGGAAAUAUUAUGCUUGGAACAAGAUGAUGCAUUUAAAAAUUUGUGCUUGGAAUUGGUGUUCUGUUUAUUUGGGAGAUGGAAAAUGAUUUGAUGCAUUUAGAAUUCUAUGCUUGGAUCAGAAUUAUACUUGGAACAGGUAUGUAGCUGUGCUUAACUGGAAUUGGAUGUAUUGUGUUUUGUACUGUAUACAGGCUGCUCUUGGUUGAAAGACAAUAAAAGCGUUAAGUUUGUUAAAGGAA